UCAAAAGACAAUGAAAAGGCCCGAAUGGAUUUAGGUUUGUAUUGUAGACGAAAAGACUUGGAGCUCAAAACUCAUAGUAAUGGAAAUAUGUACAAGCCAAAAGCUAAUUAUACAUUUUCAGUUGACCAAUCAAAACAGGUCUGUCAUUGGUUGAAAGAUCUUAGGAUGCCUGACGGAUAUUCUUCUAACUUGUCAAGGUGUGUUGAUGUAAAUAGAGGAAAGGUCAUUGGGAUGAAAAGCCAUGACUGCCAUGUGUUUAUGGAAUGUUUACUUCCUAUAGCGUUUAGUUCUUUACCGGCUCAUGUUCUAAAUCCAAUUACAGAAGUCAAUCGUUUCUUCAGAGAUUUGUGUUCUACAACAUUGAAUAAGGACGACCUUCAGAAGAUGGAAGAAAAAAUUCCUUUCAUACUUUGCAAGAUGGAGAGAAUAUUUCCCCCCUCAUUCUUUGAUUCUAUGGAACAUCUCCCUAUACAUCUUCCAUAUGAGGCAAGACUUGGUGGACCGGUCCAAUAUAGGUGGAUGUACCCAUUCGAAAGGUUCAUGGGAUAUGCUAAACGUUCAGUUAAGAAUAAAGCUAGGGUCGAAGGAUCUAUUUGUGCAUCAUAUUUGCACAAAGAAACAACUCAUUUUUGUUCACACUACUUCAAGAACUUUAUGUUAACACCACAAACAAAUAGAAAUGAAGUAGACUUUGAAAUUGAAAGGACAACUUUAUCAGUGUUUGACCAAGGUGGUCGUCAUUCCGGGAGGGAAUCAACUCAUUGGCUAAGUGACGAAGAAUUGAUAUCAGCUCAUGUUCAUGUCUUGAUCAAUUGCAAUGAAGUUCAACCCUAUCUUGAGUAAGGCUCCUUAUAAAUUGCUUUUCUGAAGUUGUUGUUAUCUAUUAAAUUGACCGUGACCAAAUAACUCAUUCGUA